AUGUCGUUUGGGUUUUCGAUUGGGGACAUUAAAUGUGCCUUGGACCAUCUGGGAGAAGCUCCCAAGGAUGUGCUUGCACGACCAGAUCGGCAUGGAGGAGCAAAAUCCAAAGAAAAGCUAGAUGCAAUGAUAAACGCGUCUACUCUACAAGAAUUAGAAUCCGCUACGGAGAAAUACCGUUCGGUUGAGAGCGCAGCUGUAGGGAAUGCAGCGACCAACAAUGACAAAGUGAAGUUGCGCACGCUAGACGACAUGGAGAAAAGUAUUCAAGUCAAUUGGCAUAGGGUGCGGUGGGACUACGAAAAACAGUCGCUGCAACAAUAUCGCGAGAAGCUGAAGUCGCAUACGGAUGCGAUCAAUCUCAUACUAACUUCUAUGAUCUGGGCAAACUCUACCCUUACAGACGAAAAAAGCACACAAAGCCAUGAGAAGACGCAUGGGUUGUUAGAGCAAGUGCUGAAAAAGUCAGAAGCAGAUGAUACAGUCCAAAGUACAGUUGAGGAUAUCCGCAACAUGCUCACACAAGCAGAUCUGGGUGCGAGAAAGGUCCCUGAAACUACACCGGCCCCAGUGGGACUAUCAAGUAACCCAAAUUUUGUCGCUACAAAUGUACAGGGUCCAUCACCGAUCAGAAAAGGCACUGACUUUGACGCGAGUUUUGUGCGACGUUCUGCUUCAGUUGACAUGAAUCUGAACCCAGCCUUGCCAAUCAGACCACCUGGCGGGCCUGUGAAAAGAGUGAUGUUCUCAGCUGGAGCUGCGGAGACGCCAUUCCAGAAUCAGCAACAGACACUGGAGGUUCAAAAUGAGCUAUCGAGUGCUGUAUGUCAGAUAGACUUACCUCCAGAGACCAUUGAUCUCAACGCCAGGCGCCGUGCUUUUGGUGAAGAGGAGUACGAGGCUUUCAGGCAACGCCACCCCACAGUGGAAAAAGCUCGAAAGCCAUCCUUCUCGACACCCGCGACUCCGACUAUCCAAGAUCUCUAUGACGGCAUACUUUGCCUCUUCGGACCGCUGCCAGAAGGCAAGCAGCAGGCAGACGUGCUAAAGUUUAAAACUGAACGCUGGAUACAGGGGCUGUCUCUUCUGGUCAAGAAUACCACGCCUGAUGCAGAGUCUGAUGACGGAUUUCUUCAUUUGCUACAGACGCUAAACAGAACUGUAGAAGGAAGUGGCAAAUCAGUGCGAGAGCUCUUCUACGAGGUCUUAGGCCCUGCGGGUAUCGGCGACAUCGAAGUGUGUCAGGGUGAUGAAGGAGAUUGA